AUGGCACAGGCCGGUCCUCCCUUGGCCCGACUAGGAUUCUGUGCCUCCACCGCCUCCCGAGGUGUUUGGCGCACAUCAGCGACACAGGCGCCCCACACUUGGAAAGCCCCUCCCUCCUUUUCUUCCCCUCCUCUCUCUCGAGCUGCUCUCAUCUCCCGGCAUUUCUCCUCAUCAUCUCCCAAAAUGUCUUACACUAUCCGCAAGAUCGCUCAGCCUUACACGCUGGAGCACCGUGUCUACAUCGAGAAGGAUGGCGUCCCCGUCUCUCCCUUCCACGACAUUCCCCUCUACGCCAACAAGGAGCAGACUGUCCUGAACAUGGUCGUUGAGAUUCCUCGCUGGACCAACGCCAAGCAGGAGAUCUCCAAGGAGGAGUUCCUCAACCCCAUCAAGCAGGACACCAAGAAGGGCAAGCUGCGCUUCGUCCGCAACUGCUUCCCCCACAAGGGUUACCUCUGGAACUACGGUGCCUUCCCCCGCACCUGGGAGGACCCCAACUCUGUCCACCCCGAGACCAAGGCCAAGGGUGACGACGACCCGCUCGACGUUUGCGAGAUCGGUGAGCUUGUCGGCUACCCCGGUCAGGUCAAGCAGGUCAAGGUUCUCGGUGUCAUGGCCCUGAUCGACGAGGAGGAGACUGACUGGAAGAUCAUUGUCAUCGAUGUCAACGACCCUCUCGCCGCUAAGCUGCACGACAUUGAGGAUGUCGAGCGUCACCUUCCCGGUCUCCUGCGUGCCACCAACGAGUGGUUCCGCAUUUACAAGAUCCCCGACGGAAAGCCCGAGAACCAGUUCGCCUUCUCCGGCGAGUGCAAGAACAAGAAGUACGCCGAGGAGGUCAUCCACGAGUGUGCCGAUGCCUGGGAGAAGCUCAUCUCCGGCAAGACCACCCCCGGUGACAUCAACCUCGGCAACACUGAGGCUCCCGAGGGCGAUGCUCACCGUGCUGACGCCGCUCAGCUCGCUGCUAUCCCUGCCAACCAGGAGCUUGCCCCCGCUCCCAUUGAUGGCUCCAUUGACAAGUGGUUCUUCAUCUCCGGUGCCGCUGUCUAA